GUUCAAUCUCCAAAGAAUUUGUUUAGAUCCGAUCACUAUAGCCAAUACAAAACAACGGAUAAAAAUCAAGUUCUUUUAUGGAAACUUUUUUAUUUGUGAAAAGAAUUCUUGCUAGUUCAGGUUAUAGAUUGGCUUAAACAAGUUUUUUGAUUGCUUUCUUAGUUAGUAAUACGAAAAUAUUAACCACAACAACGGCUUUUGAUUAUUUAUCCCUGAAAAAGACACCCAUUCGUUUCACAUCAGUUCGUUUCGCACAGCCACCAUAAGAAGUAAGUCCUAGCUACUCUAAUAACAUUACAUUAUGAGCAAGGAUGUGCCAUAACAAACGCAGCAUUGCCAGUCGCAUUUGUUAAGUGAGUCAAAAACUGCCGGCCAAAGCACAGAAUGCCUGAUGACAAAUCGCAUAACUCAAUUUGGAGCGAAGGCAGUAACACUCUCUUUUGUAAUAAGGUGCUCUCACUGCAAUUUAUUGUGAGCGCGGAAAGGAAUACAAGUAAUACGUCCACAGGUCCUUUUUAUUGAUUUUUCGUUGCCGAGUAGAAAAAGAAAACUCGAAGUAUUUGUCAAAUACUCAACUCAAGUGGCUGCCAGUGAACACUUAUCGACGAGUACACACAAAAUUAGCAUAUUUGACACGAAUUGGCGACUGGUGAUUUGCGAAAAUUGUUGGGAUUGCAAGACAUCAAGAAUUACUGCUUAGGAAAAUUUCCGAAACACAAUAGACUUCAGUGAGAAGUGAUUGCAAGAAAACUGAAAAAAGAAAUGUUUGCAUUUAAUUGUGUUAAGAAACUGUGACUUCUCGUUGGAGUUAACGUAGUGAAAACAAACCAUUCAGUAUUAAAAAGGAUAAACAUACAAAAUCGUCCUUCAACAACAUUCCAUCUGGUCAUGAAAUUACUUUUUAACAAAAAGUGUAUUCGGUAUUGGAAACGAGUUUCCAAAAUCUAGUGCAAAAAGGUGGUAAUAUAAUUGAAUGUCUCAACCUGCCCCACACAAGGACUGGCGACUAACGAAAAAAAUCUGUAAGCGCUCGGAGGGAGCCCUCAAAGCGAAAUCCGCCUACUUUAUAGCAAUUCAUCACAGUUAUCUUACAAAACAGCCGCUCAUUGUACCCUCUUCUACUUAAUUUCCUGUCGUGCCACAGAAUAUUGUUUAAUCAAUAACGAAUAGAGCGAUUGGUGAACGUGGUGGUUACUACGUUACAACCACCGACACCCGCUUUUUGAGCUGCAUGUGUGUGUGUAGCAAAUUUGAAGCUAAUAAUAUUUCACCCACCCUCGCAAUGCUAAGGCAUUCUCAAACUACUUAGACCAAACAAGUGUACGUUAGCCAGUCUUUUCACACCAACUCAGCGCCGGAAAUUGCAUCCUAAACAUGUACAAGACGGUGCGGCAUGGCGAAAACAGCCUGCAAUAUACAAUACUGCCACAAAAUGAUGAUUUUCGAAUUGAGGGCAAGCUAUCUAGUGCCGGCAGUAACUGCAGUUCCAAUACUGGACGCAAAGGAAAGGCGCGUCGACCCAGACGACGUUCAUUCUUCGCUUACUUGGGAUUGAUUUUCAUUUGUACCGUUAUUGUGGGCGCAGUAUUGAUACCGUUCUUGGUCUCAGCCGAAUGCCUGCCCAACCCUACGGAAUGGUUCUUGAAGACAAAGGCAGCACUAAUACACGGAGGCAACAUUAAUGGGUUGCAUAGAAACAGCGGCGGACCAAGAAAAGCCGGUGCAAAUGGCAUUGUCAGUCCACAACAUGCGCCGCUACAGAACAGCGCCGCUAGCAUUGGCCAAAAGGUGGAAAUUAUCAAUCGCGACGGCGUGGAGAAAAUAAUUUUGCGCGUCAAUAAAACACAGGCGCAGCCAAAUAUAAAUGUGACUCAAAUAAGACCCAUUGCUUAUGGUUCAGACAAAGAACAGCCUAUUCCUCCUAUUGAUGGAAAAACUUCUUCGGCAAACGUUGAAUCGCAAACGGCCAUUGAGGCUAAGGAUGGACUCCUCACAACUACAAUGCCGGAAUUGAGCAAGGAUGCACUGCAGGAUGUGCAUAUCUCAGCUAACAAUGCAACAGUCAAAAAGGCGUCGGAUGGAACCAGUAAUUUCGUCACAGAAGUUCGGUUCGAAUCGGACAGUAUUCAGCCCCCCAAGAUCGUAGUAAUCACCACACAACGUACACAGCUCCCACAGAAUGUGGAUGAAGUCAGUAGCAACAGCAAUACAGAGCUGGACUCCAAUGCAAAUAGCGUUCAAGUGCCCAGUCGCAUAGCUCAAAAUAUUCCAACAGCCGCAAUACGUCCAACAACGUCCUUCUCCACAACAAGCAUAUAUUCCCCACAUGCACCGGCGGCUGCCUCCAUGGCGGUGGCAUCGUCAGCCAAUGCUAAUCCGAUUUCCAAUCAAAGCUCCACCAUACCCACCAUUACGACACGCAUAAUGCAAUUGCCGCUGCUGAAAUCUACAGCAAAGAAGCCGAUCAUACCGCCCGUGCUGGUGCGCACCAACUCAGAAAUUGUACCACAAAACCAAAACAGCAAUAAAGCGCCAUCCGAAGGCGUUGGCAUUGCCGCUGAUUUCAGUGGAACCGAUGUAUUGGAGUCUAUUAAGGUGAACGCGGAAACAAAGAACGCAGCCUGGAUUCAAUCGCAUUGGCCAUACAUUGAUCCGUCAACAUAUUUCCAAUGGACUGGUUACAAGGAGGAUAGCGUUCUGCUGCCCGCUUUGCUGGGCUUCGCCUUAAUUGGCAUGAUUCUAAUCAUUGCAAUUUGCUUGAUAGCACGCAACAAGCGCGCCAUCGUUUCAUCGGUGCGCAAGCGAAAGCGCAACGAUGUGGAGAAGGCCUGCGCCGACGAUAACACAACGCUUUUGACUAAUGCAAAUCUCUCCGAUGAGGAUUAAAUGCGGCACCAACAACACCACACACAUUUUGUUGGCAGUCAAACACAAACACACCACAUGUUCCCAGCCGGAACAACCUGCCAUUAAAGAGGGCGCAAAUAAAACGACGAUCGGUCGUGACCACCAUUGCCGCGCAAGUGGAAGCGGGAGUAUUGUGCCGUGUAAACAGAUUCGCUACUAUUUGUUUUAUCGUAGGGUUUAUUUUCUCCCAAGUAAGCAAAGCUCACACAGGACACAAUCAGCAUUAUUAAGUGAAGGUAUUACCUAUAGAUGUGUUGAUAACACGCAAGAAACCAUUAGUAUUACCUAAUUGCAUAUAGCAUAUAGCGAACAAACAGGCUAGCUAUGCAAGCUUAAGAAAAUUACAUGCAUACAUACGCGUAUGCAUGCACAGCAGUGCUAUAUUUGUAGGUCCCACUGUAUAAAAUCAGAAACCCGAAAAAAUGCGUAUGCAAUGUAAUUAGAGAAAAUUAUGUAAUUGAGUAUUAAAUUGAAAACUUCACCAAAUCACAAGUAGUAUAGACAUACAAACGUAAGCCUGCAUAUAAAUAUGUAUAAAGACAAAGUAAAUAUCGCAAACGUCCGCUGUAUUUGACAGGCAUACGAGAAAAUGCAUUUUUCUUUGCGCCAGUUGACACGCCUCAAAGUAGACUACAUGCAACGCCAGUAUCUAUAAUACCUUUAACCUGCUUGUGCCAUCUGCAAACAUACACACACACAUAAGUACAUAAGUGAAAUCAGGCUUAGAACUCUUGUAAAAAACAACAACUAAAUUUAGAUAUUCAAUUCGCGCUGAUCCAAUGGCUUUAUAUGUAUGUAACGCUAAACGGGUACAGCCGCAUAUGUAUAUGUAUAUUCACACACACACACACACACACAACUGUAUAACUGUAUUCGCCUCGAAAUUGUAUUGUUGAAACAGUGUAGUUAUCGAACAGAAGAAGAGCAGAAAUUUGAAAACUAUUUUUGUAAGACGAUGUGAUAGUAAGUAGACAAGCGUAAUUAGUGUUAACACGCACAUAUACAAAACACAUGCAACAACAACUAAACUAAAUAUUUAUGUACUGUACAGAGAUACCAACACAUACGCAAACACACAAAAGUUCGCAUUGCCAUAACAGCGGGUGUUUGAUCUAGACGCCUACUGCCCAUUUUUUUUUAUAAUAUUUAUUGAUAUUUCAAGAUUAUAAAAAACUGAAAAAUACUUCGCGCGCUUAAUUUACAUAGUUCGAGUUUCCGUAACGGUAACUACCUUGGAAAUCAUGCAACAUUUCGCAGCUACUUUCAGGAUUCUGCAAUUGUUCCAAUAACAGUGGAGGGAGGGAGUGCAAACUUUUGUGUAUGGGUGUAUGUGCGCUUCUUAUGGCAUAUUUAAAGUUAGUUCAGAAGUUGCGCACACACAUAUGCGCGCAUAUAAACCGUUAGGUAUGUAAAUGUAAACUAUUUAUGCAAAGAAGUGUUAAAUCAAGUGAGAUAUACAUAUGUGUACAUGUAUAUUGUAGUUUGUAAAAAUGUAUGUGAUUGAUUUGCAUUUUGCA